GUCGUCCUCAGCCUAAGGUAUCGUGGUGGUUUGGAGAAGCAGUGAUCGACGACUCCUGGCUGGCCAUGGGGUCGGGCGUAGUGUCAAACAACCUAGUGCUUAACCCUCUCACCCGCGCCCACGCCCACUCUGUACUCACCUGCAAGGCCUCCACCGCACCUGUCGCCGUCACCACCACUACCGUCACCAUCGACAUGCAUUUGCGACCUCUAUCGGCGGAGAUCACAGGGGCAGCGGUGAGCGGGUCAGUCAGGGCAGGUGACAUGCUUGACCUGACCUGUACGGCGAGAGGGUCACGACCUCACCCCAUCAUCUCUUGGUACAAAGGCGCAACCCUCCUACGGACAGAGAACACGGAUAGGAAGGACGUCACGAGUAUGGGUGGAGUGAGUCACGUGAGGGUGGCGGUACAGAGGCGUGACAACGGGGCCAGAAUCACCUGUCGUGUCACCAACCCCGCUCUACCUCUCCACACCUUGCAAGACCACAUCGUCAUUAACGUUACCUACGCACCAGAGGUUGAGUUAAGGAUGGGGAAGCCGCUUGAAGGAACAGUGGUGAGAGAGGACACGAACCUUUACCUCACCUGCCACGUAGACGCCAACCCUCUACCACACACACUCGUCUUCAUGCACCAGGGCAUAGAGGUUCACCAGGACAAGAUGGCUCGGGUGCUGGUGAACGGGAACAACCUGGUGUUGAACCGUGUGAGGCGAACACAGGCUGGCGAGUACUCCUGCAAGGCCACCAACUCUGAGGGUACAGGAACCAGCCCACCUGUCAACAUCACCGUCCUCUACGCGCCCGUGUGUGCUCUGGCCAAGGAGGUUUGGGCUGAACCUGGCGCCACCGUCACUGCCCAAUGUCGCGUCCACGCCUCCCCCAUCAAACCCAUCCAUUUCUCCUGGGUGUGGGAAACAAACUCCUACUCCCGCCGCGUCAUCCCCUCCCACGUCAACUCCAUAGGGGCCUUCUCCAGCGUUAACUUCACCGUGCCCCGUGAUAAUGUGACGGAAGUAGGGCCCAAUAACCAGCUAGGUGCCCUUCAGUGUUGGGCUGAGAAUACUGUAGGGAGACAAGAUAAACCCUGCAUCGUCGCCGUCAAGAAACCCGCGCCGCCGUCAGCUCCCAUCAACUGUAGUCUGUCAGGACAAGGGCGGGAGGUAGUCACUGUCAGCUGUCAGUCGGGUGAUCCUCCCUCCAUGCCCCAGACCUACCGCCUUCAGAUCUACGAGGCCCACACCAGGAAGCUCUACCACAACGUCAGCAGUCCAGUGCCAAGGUUCCUGGUGCGUGGCCUCACCUCUGGUCAGGACUACGUGGUGUAUGUGUCGUCUCACACCUCCUACGGCAGGAGUCCUUACCGCCUGGUGGAGGCCUUCACCUUCAAGACGGCAGAGAACCGUAUGCCAGGUAGCACGUCUUCACCACCCUCCCUCUCUACCAUCAUCAUGUUCGUAUGUGGGGUGGGAGCCAUCGUCAUCAUAGUCAUCAUUGUCGUCACCGUCGUCAGGUUGAGGCUGAGGAAGUCAAGUCAUAAGUGUGUGAGAAGGACGGCCACCGCUACUGUCUCUGAGCUGCCUAAGGAUAUCUUGUCCGGAGACCAGAAACAGUCGCCGGAUGGGAAGGAAGGACCAGCCAGCGGGAACCACCUCUCUAAGAGCUCCCAGCUGACUGUGAAGGACGCUGCACACACCAAGGAGAGCAUCCCCCUCCAACCCAUCAUCCGCCAGUCCUCCAGGCCCCUGCAGCCCAUCAUCAAGGAGAACGGCCGCUCCGACAACGGUGGCAAGAGCUCCCAGGGGCGGACGGUACUCUUCGUGGAGCCACCCAAGCCACAGGGUGGAAUCCUGGUGAAUAAAAACGAAGUGCCGAGAACCACGUAUGACUCCAUGUACCAGAGCAGGAGAGGACCCAUGAAAGGACCCAACGGCGACGUGGUGUCUCACAACCUGUACCUGCCCCGGGGGUCGUACUCCGACUCACUCCACACCCUGCACGUGGGCCGAGGGGUCGACGGCCUUGGCGGGUACUCGGACAGGGAUCUGUCUAUGGUAAGGGAUCGGGAGCCCCCCUCCAUUUUAAGGGAUCCCCCUUCCAUUUUAAGGGACCGGGAUCCUCCACCAUCCAUUUUAAGAGACCGGGAUCCUCCACCAUCCAUUUUAAGGGACCGGGAUCCUCCACCAUCCAUUUUAAGGGACCGGGAUCCUCCACCAUCCAUUUUAAGGGACCGGGAUCCUCCACCAUCCAUUUUAAGGGACCGGGAUCCUCCACCAUCCAUUUUAAGGGACCGGGAUCUUCCACCAUCUAUUCUAAGGGAUCGAGAGCCACCCUUGGGCAGAUACCGGGCCUCGCUCGACGACCGGGGAGACACCGGGGAGUUAUUGGACCCACAGUUCUCUUCUAGCGCUUCCAGCACCCUAGGCAGGGAGCCCUACGGUUCCCCCCGCAGUGCCAUUAGGAGCGGGGGCGUUGCCCUGGUUACCUCUCCUCCCUUCACACGUGAGCUCGGCAGGGACAUGAGUAGGGACCUGCCAAGGGAUCUUGGUCGGGACCUGCCAAGGGAUCUUGGUCGGGACCUUCCUAGGGAUCUUGGUCGGGAUCUUCCUAGGGAUCUUGGUCGGGACCUUCCUAGGGAUCUUGGUCGGGAUCUCCCUAGGGAUCUUGGUCGGGAUCUUCCUAGGGAUCUUGGUCGGGACCACCCGAGGGAGAGGGACCACCCGAGGGACAGGGAACACCCGAGGGAGAGGGACCACCCGAAGGACAGGGACCACCAGAGGGAGAGGGACCUAGGCAGGGACCCCAGUGGCCACAUCUUCACCUUCCCCACCCGCACUGUUAGUCACGAGUACGACCCCUUGAUCCCCCGGUCGCCGCCCCCCAUCUCCUGCAUGAAGAAGUCGCCCAGUGUGAGUGCGUCUGUGGGCCGCCACUACGACCCGCCGCCCCGCAGGUCUGAGGGCAGUGGGUACCGCUCCCUCCCGCGUCCCAGCAAAACCCGCGGGGCAGAGGCGGACGCCCUGCUCAAGUACCGUUCCUUGGACAGACGUUUCGACCUGCCUUUCAGUGGGUCUUUGCCCCGACCUGAACCCGAGGUGGGUGAGGAGACCCCGCCCCAGCACCGCCGCUACAGCGGGUCGCCCCGCAUGAGGUUCGGGGACGAGAAGCACUUCCACGUGUACCACGACAAAGAGAAAAAACAAGAUGCUUGGCGGACCUUCACCUCCCGUGGCCACCACCAGACCUUCACCAGCUACACCAGAAGCCCUGAUCACCCUUAGGUCCAGUCCCAGUCACAGGAGUCAGGUCCUAUUAGAGGAGUCAGGUCCAGUGUUCCAGUUACAGGAAUCAUUUUACAUCCACAGGUACUUGAGUCGGGUCAGGCACCCAAGUUGACUAACACUACUAACACAAAACAUAGUGAAGGAGCCGACACGGUCACUGUGCUCACCUUAACGUGUAGCAGACCUAUAAUAUAUUCUCGCUCUUUAUUUGAAUUAUGGGAAAUCUUUACAAAGUAAGAAUUGCGAGGUGAAGUGGCCACUAAUAUUAUCUGAGAGCAUAACACAUCGCCAUGGUAGCUGCGUACGUGUGCGUCACCUCAUUAUUGAUCUAGACACCGAACCCGAUAGUCGAUGUUGGACAAACUGGGUCUUGGGACACACGGACACAAAAAAUGACAUCUACACCUCAACCCGACACAUAAUGUAAGGUUAUAGAAGGCAGGCAAGUAGUCAGUUCAUUUCAACAGACAUGACUUUUUUGUGUUGAAUGUUAAAAUAUAGACCCACUGUAAGCUAGUAGGUACUUCACUUAUAAAACAUGACACAUAGCCUACAUUAUACCUCAUACUUAAGUAUACUCAAGACAACUUACAGCCGAGAACAUGAACUCUUUAAGUAAGGCUAUACACGACGCUGUAAUCAAAAUACAAAAUACACAAUACAGCCCUCGUGUAAAUACAGUAUGUUGGUGACACUUUCAUUUCCAGUCGACACGUGUAAUAUUUUUUUCUUAUUCACUGUUACGUCACCGGAGUUGUAGUGACAGACACACAUACACAACUGAUAAAUAAAAUAA